UGUGUCUCAAUCAAUGGCGUCAGUCAGACGGUCUCCUGUCAUUCAAAAUACGAAAAGCGGAGACUUUUUGGAGGUGGCCGAGUCCAAGUGUUAUCUAGGAAGAGAUGAUGCCGACUCUCCUGUGAUGGUUUACUUGUCUAGCUUAUCCAUGCCAAACAUUGCUCACUGUGAACUGAGAGCUGGACUUGGAGUUCUGGUGUUGUUACCGUUGGAGUUUUGUCUAGUGGAUUCAAAGAAAGUGUCUAUAAAUCAUCCUGUCGUUUUAACAGUGGGGUCACAAUUUCAAGUUGGUAAUAACGAGUUCAAGGUUGUUGAGAUUCCCAGGAGAACACAGCGACAAUUGCCCAAGGUUCCUGUUACGUCAGCGGCCAAUAAGAAUGAGCCACAUUUGCCAGUGUAUCUGCUCGAAGCCGAGUAUGAGCACGUGUUAAAAUUUAUCUCUUCGUCUUCCUUCUUUUUCAACUCGAAUUGCAAGGAUGCAUGGACACAAGUGGCAGUCGAGCUUGCAGUCGAUGACACUUUAGUUUGGCAGACAACUGAAUUUAUAUGCUGCCAGGUGUUCUGCCAACCAAUACAUUCUGUUUUGAAUAUUGAUCUUCCUACACAUGAUCUUCUUACACUCGUCUCCAAGGGGCUGGAGAAGGUGAUGAGUGCGUACUCCGAUGAGUUGAUAAUUCGUUUGCAGACUUUUGUGCACGAAUACGAAGAUUGCCACAAACAGAAAUCAACAGACUGCAAUCCAAGGCCAGGGGACGACGUUGUGUGUAUUCUGUUAUGUGAGCUAGUGAAACUGUGUCAGGCCAUUACGGAACUAGAAGCUAGUAUUCCUUUGUGGUUGAAGAUGUUGGUUGUGUUUGCUACGAACUCCAGUUGCAUUUGUCUUCUCCUCAUUUUGGCAAAGUUUCUACCUACUCUGAUGGCAUUGGUCUGCAUGAGUGGAACUGGUAUUGCUACAAGCGAGACAUGCUGCAUAAGCUGCACUCUGUUGUCUUUACUUGUCACCACCCAACUUCCAAGAGGGCACAAGUUGCCGAUUGGGAAGGGCUUCUUACAUGUUGUUAUUCAUCGCUUAGAUCAAGGCGUAUGUUAUUCUUCAUUGGAUUGUGAUUUGGUGAUGUCCCUUUGUGAGCUGUUGUUAUGUGUGGUUACUGCUGCAACGACAUGGUGGCUCGAUGUAUCCACGACUGGUCCAGCUAUCCUUGUCUACCUACAGCAUAUGGCAAUUCCAGUGCUACAGAAAGUAACCAACUGUUUUGCCAGUGAUGAAAAAGUUCUCUCGUGUGUAAGCAAAGUGAAGGGCAUAUUGGCAGAAAAACAAGAUGUGUGGGGUAUUCAUAUUCGUAAGAAAACCAACCAAUCUGGCAAGGUAGCUAUUUUGGAUCAUUCUGAUGUGAUCAUUCAAAGAAAUGUUUCAAUUCCUGUAACGAGGGUUUUACCUAACGCUCAAAGAAAUGCAACCACAAUUGAAUCUGGAGAUGAUACAAAUAGAAAAAUUGAAACGGAAUUGCCAAUCACUGGAGCUACAGUCGCAGCCAGAUACGAAACAGAGCAGAAGACGUUGGUAACUGAAGGAAAUGCAACUGUGCAAGUGGAAAGGAAGGUUUCAAAAACGGAAGUAGCUGAAACUCCUGAUGCUGAAAUAUUGAUUGCUGACAUUACUGUCCAAACAGGAGAUGGAAGGAAUGAAAGUGUACAAAGCACGCCACACAUACCUAGACCUACACUUGCAUCUGAUAAUAAUGAAACUAAAGCAUCAGUGUCUGGCGCUGAUGUUCAAAGGGGAAAUGGAGAUGAGGCAAAAAGUUUGGAAGCAGCUAGGCCUAGCGUGAAGAAGGAACAGGAAGUAGUGCUUUGUUCUAUUGGAACAGAGGAUUUUAGACACGAUCACAAAGAAAACAGUUUUGAUUCUUUGGAGUCAUCAUUGAAGACCUCAGAGCCAUCUGAGAAGUUUGAGACUUCGUUUGAGAAACAGCUACCGCAUAUAGAAAAGAAGGGUAUUACAACACUUGGAGGCAAGAGUGAGUUGACUGAAGUCUGUAAAACAGAGAAGAGCCGUCAGAAUUCUGUGGAAAUCUUAGACCGUGUGAUGACUGAUGGAUUUCAUGGUGAACGUACAUCUAAUGUAGAUUGUAAAACGAAUAUGUUUGAAACAUACAGGCAAUCGCCGUCAUCCAGAAGGAAAGGCUGGACAGUUUCUCCCUCAAAUGUAAGUUUAUAUGGCGUACACAGUCAAGAGUUGAGCACAGAUAAGGUUGAAGAUGCUAUCGAUGAAUUACAUAGUCACCAUAGUUCAGUACUUACCACACUAAGAGAGCGUUUCAAGAUAUUGCAAGACGUUGUCUUUGAAGUAAGCAAUCGAAGUUAUCAGCCUCUUAUGUCAUUUUUGGUGGUGAACAAGGUAGACGAGACUACUCUAUUAGAUGUCCUCAGCACUUUACUAUUUAAUGGUGUUCCGAAAGCACAAUGGGAUAUUGGUGCCAUCAAACAAGCCGUGACUGUUCUUACACCAAUUAUUGCAAGUCCAGGGUCCAGGCAUGUGAUUAGAGCUUGUGAAGUUGUACAGGCUCUCGUUGGCGUAUACUCUAACCUACAAAUGUCUAUGUCUAGAAGCAAAUGCUCGAGUGGCACAUUUAAAGGGCACAGUCAAGAACAGUAUGACGAAUGCCAGAGGUCGUUACUAGAUUUACGAAAUAAUAUAGCGGACGAUAGCAGACGAGUAACUCUUGCAAAUCUAAGUCCUGGUCAAACCCAGGAUGACUACGUGUUAGCUAAACAUGCUCUCUUGCUACACCUUAGCAAUAUUUAGAAACGCGUAUGUCACAAAGUUGAUCUAGUUUUUAAUUAUUUGCUCACACACUUGUUGAAAUUUUGAUGUAAUAGUGUGAAUUUUUUAUGAUAGUAUCUAUUAGUUGAGCUCAGCCAAUUUUGGUCUUGAUUGGAAUGCAUUUGGUGUAUGCCAUGAAUAUCGAAUUAUAAAUUAAACAAUAAA